CCAGUCGGACCAAUUUUUGAGUAUUCUUUCUUUUUUUCAGAUAUAUCAUAUUGUAACAUGAAUUGAUUAUUUAUCAAAAGUAUAUAUAACAUUUGCUGUAACAAGUCCCAAGUUAGCUGUAAGUAACAGGGAGAGUUCAAAUUUUUAUUGGCUAGAAGAAUGGCUAUGUGUCUUUAAGAAUUUCCUUUUUAUAUUUCAGGAUUUAAACUAUAGAUAGAAAAAAAAAAAAAUGUCCAAGUUGGAGAAAAUGCAAAUUAUGGGUAUUCGGAGCUUCGGCCCAGAGGAACCCCGGAAAAUUCAGUUUUUUUCACCUCUGACACUGAUCUUGGGUCAAAAUGGUUGUGGAAAAACAACUAUAAUUGAGUCACUGAAAUACAUCACAACAGGUGAUGCUCCUCCAGGCUGUGGAAAAGGAGCAUCAUUUGUCCAUGAUCCAAAGUUAGCAAAGGAAGUUACUGUGCGUGGUCAGAUCAAGUUAAUGCUAAAAGACACAAAAGGAGCAACUCUUGUAACAACUCGCUCCUUGGAAGCCACACAGAAGCUGAAGAAAAUUGAAUGUAAGACCAUAGAUGCAACAUUGCAAAGAAGGAGGCCAGAUGGCAGUACAGAUGCUAUAUCUAGUAAGUGUGCUGACUUUGAAGCAGAAAUAUCAAAUGCCUUGGGUGUUUCAAAACCUAUCCUGAACAACGUUAUAUUUUGUCACCAGGAGGAAUCAAAUUGGCCUCUAGAUGAAGGUAAGAAGGUGAAAGAAAAAUUUGAUGCCAUAUUCAAUGCCACUAAAUACAUCAAAUGUCUUGAUACGAUACGUAAGCUACGUGCGGAAAUGAAAACAAAGGUGAAAAACAUGCAUGAAGUCAUUGACGGCCUCAGGAAGUGGCGAGAUGAGGCAAACCGAAAGCGUGAUGACUUGAAGGCAUCUUGUGAGCAGCAAAAUAAAAUUAAGGUUCAAAAGAGUAAACUGAAGGAAGAACUGGAGCCAAUUCGAGAACGUCUGAAGGAAAUCUGUGACUUGGAAGAGAAUGUUGGCCGUUUGAAUGGAGAGCUGAUUGGAGAGAAGCAUAAACUUGAAGCCCUAAGGCAGAGCCAGGCAGACCUGCGGGCGACCCUUUUGGAACAAUUGGACUGUUCAGACGAGGAGCUGCACCGCAUGAUACAGGAUUUUCAAAGGAACUUAGAGAACAUGGAAGAGGAACAGGAGAAGGUAAUGUCUCGGAUGCAAAGCAUUCAGAGAGAGAAGGAGAAGAAUCAAGCUGAGAUGUCUAGGACAGAAAGACUUCGAGGAGAAUAUGAGGCAGCUUACAAAACACAGCAGGAUUACCUGAAGGAACGAAACAGACGGAUGUCAAGCAUUACCAAGGAAUUUUCCUUUGCAGAAUUUAUGGGUGUUGAAGACUUCAGCGAACAACAAGCUCAGUCUCUUUUGUCCAAACUCCUCAAGGUUGUUGAAGAGGAACGCAAGAAGAUUGCAGAGAAGAAAGAGGAGUAUGAAAGAAAAGAACAAGCUGUGCAGAAGGAGAUUGAUGGAUUAAGAACCUCUGAAGCUGCCCUGGACCAUGACAUUAAGACUAAAGGAAAGCAGUUAGAUGAAACAGGCAAGAAGAUCCGCCAGCUCAAGCAGACGUUAAUGCGUAAUGAGAGUGAUUUGUCAGACAUGGAUUUAGACUCGCUGAAGGUGGAGCUCACCCAGGUAGAAGAUAUGAUUGCUAAGGAAGAAUCAAAAGUCAAUUUGACUGAGCUUACUGCAGAGAUAGAAACGGCUAAAAAGAACAAACGAGAAGGAGAGCAUGAGGUUGAUGAAAUCAAAAGGGUAGUGGCAAAGAUGAACCGCCAGGCUAAUGCUCGAUCUCAGUAUGACAUCCAUAUGAAGGAAAAGAAGGAGUUAGAAAAUAAAAUUGAAUUUUUGAAGCGCAAGCAUGCUGAUGAGUUUGAGCAUCUCCUAGAAGCUAUUCCUGAUGACAACAUUAAGAAUAAAGUUGAUGCUUGUGCAGAUAGUCUUCGAAGGCGUGUUACUGAACUUCGACAAGAAAUUGAAGGACUGAAUAAGCGUAGAACCCAAUUGUCCAUGAGCAUAAAAGGACAGAAACAACAGCAGAGUCGUAAAGAACAGGAAAUCAGAGAACUGGAGAGCAAAAUAGACAACAUCUGUGAUGGUAUGAAUCUAGAUGAGGCCCUUGAAAAGUCAAAGGAAGUGAAGGACAAUCUUACACGUGAACGAGGAGAUCUCUCCAGUUCCAUCACUGUUUUAAAUCGUUUCACUGCCAAGCUCCGUCAGAGAGACUGCUGUCCUCUCUGUCACAGAGACUUCCCAUCAAAAGAUGAAGUCAAUCAACUUAUUGAGGAGCUUGAAGGAAAGGUGAUUAGUAUUCCAGGUAAAUUAGAAGAGGUCAAAGUAAAACUUGAUAAACAAGAGAAGGUCCAUGACCAGAUAAUACAGCUUAAACCCCAGAGAAACCUGGCAAACAGUGCCAAAGUGGAACUAGACAAGAUCAGAGCUCAGAUUGAAGAGGAGAUGAAAGAGUUGGCUAAAGUAGACUCAGAACUGGAAUCCCAGAAAGAAAUGCUGGACAUGACACAGGGAGAUGAGGAAAUGGCUCGACAGAUCCAACCAGAUGUGAUCACAAUUGAAAACAAUUUGAGAAAGGUUAAACAGCUUAAGAUUCAAAUUGAUGAUCUCCAGGCAACUUUGGGAAGCUCAGAUGGAGGAAUGACCAUGGAAGAGGCAGUGACUCGACAGAGUGAACUGGAAGAUAAACUUCGCAAGUUGCAGGCCAAAGUUGAAGAAUUGCAAGAACGGCUUCAGGAACACAAGGAUCGUCUUCAAGGACUUAAAGACCGCAAAUUGAGACUUUCCACCCAGGAACUUGAGUUGAAGACCAAGCUUCAGGAAACAGAGAAACUGAAGGAAGACAUUUCUAAACUAGAUGAGGAACGCAACAAGCUCACAGAGGACAUAGAAAAGGCUCAAGUGGAUAUAGCCCCCUUUAAGUUCCAGAUAACGACCAAAACUUCCGAGAAGACAAAGCUCAUGGAGGAAAAAGACUCUUGGAUUGACACCCAGAAUAAUAAGGUGAGCACAAUCCUCGAGACACACAGGAGGGCAAAUGAUUUACACAAGAAUAUCAGUGCUUAUAUUUCAAGAAGGGAAGAAAACCAGCUGAAGGAAAUUCGUGAGAAGGUUUCUACUCUCCAGGAGGCUGCCUCAAGCCUGGAGGCACAAAAGAAGACUGUUGAUGAACAAAACCGUGAUAUUGAGAAGCAGCUUGCCAAUCAGAAGCAAAGGAAACGUAACUUGGAUGAUGAAAAGAAAAUCCGUGAGAAGGAGACAGAAGCAAAGCGGGUGCAGAAAGCGAUUAGAAAUUUGGAGGAACGUAUAAGGGGUUUUGACUAUGACAAGCUCAUAGAUGAAAAGACAGAACUCCUGCAGAAGUCUAGUAGAAUAGACAAUCAAGGAGGCAUUCUGGAUGGACGUCUACAAGAGGUCAACAAAAGUAUUCAGACACUGGAAAGUGAGCUGAGAAGAAAGGAGAUUCGAGAUGCUGAAAAGAAUUAUAAGCAGAAGUUUGUGGAAAUGAAG